GAAAAUGAUUUCUUUAAUUGUAUACAGCUUUCUAUUUUUUACGGGCGCGGCGGAGAGUAAUGUAAAAGUAAUCAAGUACGGGAACUCGGUGGACACCAUAGUAAAAGACCUCAUCGACAACUGGCAGUCGCCACUGGUUUACCUGAAAAGUCGCGGCUACCUGCCAAAGGAUCUGCAAAUCGCACCCGAGCUGGAUUUUCAGCAGAUGCAGGGGAAUUUAUCCCCGGACUUGCCAUUACUUAACAAGGAUUCCAAAAGAGAGAUAGAAGAGGAAAAGAGUGUAAAGGCCCGUUCCCUUCAGGAUCCCAAGGAUCUCGACUUGAAACGGAUGUUCCAAACGCUCUUCUCCUCCAACGACAAGGGCGCCUCCGAGGAGAUUCAAUCCAAGCUGGGCGUUUCCUGGGACAUGAAUGCCCUGAAAUCCUCUGCCCGCUUGGGGGCCAAGAAAUAUCUCGAGAAGUUCAACAGCAAGCGGAAUCAGGGCAUUUCCGUGUCCCUUUGGCCAAAUGAAGCUCCAGAUGCCCCGCCUUCCAGUUUCUCCGCCCAAAUAAUACCCCAAAUCUCGGAGAAAAGCAACGAACCCGGCGGCUACAGUAAACCAAACUUCCUCAAUGGAGUGGCCAAGAUUCUGGGAAAUCCAGAGAUCAGGUACAAGGACUGGGACUCUAAGCCUGCUUCCCAGGAAGUGCUACCAAAAGCCACGGGCAAGGAGAAUUGA